GACUACGAGUUAGUUGAAAUACUGGCCCCCCACGUCUCGACGCGUCCCCUUUAAAUUGCCCACGCUGUGGAAAGGUAAGGAGUGGUACAGUGCGGAGGGAACCAUGCUCGACAGCUCCGUAUAGUCUCUUUGUAUGCAGAGCAAUGCCCGACUGCAGACUUGACUGUAUGCUUUAACAACUUGUCUUACGGCAAAUUACGGGAAAAUACAGCAAGGAGAAAGAUACAGUCUGAAAUCAAAGUCCGAACACAAGCCACAGCGUUCCUUUAAUUUACGAAGGGGAAACAAAUAUCAGAGUACAGUCAGGACUACCUCCGCUGCUGUUUGUUGCAGACAACGUCAUAUCUCAUAAGGACGCUGGGCGCGUCAGAUUUUGCUGAUCUUAGCAUCUUUGGACCAUUUUCGUGGAAAGGUUUAUGAAAAACAUAAAGCGUCGACAUAGAGCCUUGUUAUUUAUCCCAGUAACUUGCUCUUAUUCUUCCUCUGAACGAACAACCUAUUGUUGAAUCAAGGAAGCGAAGGAGGGUGGAGGCGAGGAGUCACCCGCAUCCCUCAUAGAGUCCCCCCCCCCCCCCCCCCCCCCCCCCCCCACACCCGUCCCCCCCGUCCCCCCCGUCCCCCCAACUCGGCAGUUGCGGGGGAGCUAAUGGUUGCUGCAUAGCAGUACCUGCAAUGAAUGACUGUCGGGCGGUGGACGCUGUAUGGACUGUCGGGUCUGAAAGCGAUGUCCAGGACUCUGGAGUUUUAAUCAUCGACGCCGAUGUUUUUUUGAGAACGAGCAGACACCCCCUGGGGCACUCCACCAACAUCACCGGCUUUAGGUAAAGGUGGCACGUUGUUAGCAGCUGGACCCAGGUGCGAAUCCUGUGGUCUUCAGCACGGUGCUGUGUGGAGCCCCCUCCCCUCCCCUACUCCCUCCAUUCUCUGAGGACGCAGCACCGGGUUUGGCUGAAAGGUGCGGGCCUCCCCCCCCUCCAGGAUGACGGUGGCCACCGGGGACCCGGUGGACGAGGCGGCGGCACACCCCGGCCAGCCCCAGGACACCUACGACCCCGAGGCCGACCACGAGUGCUGCGAGAGGGUGGUCAUCAACAUCUCGGGCCUGCGCUUCGAGACGCAGCUCAAGACCCUGUCCCAGUUCCCCGAGACCCUGCUGGGGGACCCCAAAAAGCGGAUGCGCUACUUCGACCCGCUGAGGAACGAGUACUUCUUCGACAGGAACCGCCCCAGCUUUGACGCCAUCCUCUACUACUACCAGUCAGGCGGGAGGCUGCGGCGGCCGGUCAACGUGACCUUGGACAUUUUCUCGGAGGAGAUACGGUUCUACGAGCUGGGCGAAGAGGCUAUCGAGAUCUUUCGGGAGGACGAGGGCUUCAUCAAGGAGGAGGAGAGGCCGCUGCCCGAGAACGAGUUUCAGAGGCAGGUGUGGCUGCUCUUUGAGUACCCCGAGAGCUCAGGACCCGCCAGGAUUAUCGCCAUCAUAUCUGUGAUGGUCAUCCUCAUCUCCAUCGUCAGCUUCUGCCUGGAGACCCUGCCCGUCUUCCGCAACGACGAGGAAGAGAUGCACAAAGCCUACCAGACCUCCUCCAACAGCACCUCCACCUACCAGUCCACCUACUUCACCGACCCCUUCUUCAUCCUGGAGACCCUCUGCAUCAUCUGGUUCUCCUUUGAGUUCCUGGUGCGCUUUUUUGCCUGCCCCAGCAAGGCGGGUUUCUUCGUCAACAUCAUGAACAUCAUUGACAUUGUGGCCAUCAUCCCGUACUUCAUCACCCUGGGCACCGAGCUGGCGGAGAAGGCGGAGGACGGCCAGCAAGGGCAGCAGGCCAUGUCCCUGGCCAUUCUCAGAGUCAUCCGGCUGGUGCGCGUAUUCCGGAUCUUCAAGCUCUCACGGCACUCCAAAGGGCUUCAGAUCCUGGGCCAGACCUUGAAGGCCAGCAUGCGCGAGCUGGGGCUGCUCAUCUUCUUCCUCUUCAUCGGAGUCAUCCUCUUCUCCAGCGCCGUGUACUUCGCCGAAGCAGAUGAGCCGGAGUCCCAGUUCUUCAGCAUCCCCGACGCCUUCUGGUGGGCGGUGGUCUCCAUGACGACAGUCGGUUAUGGGGACAUGGUACCCACCACCAUCGGCGGCAAGAUUGUGGGGUCCCUCUGCGCCAUUGCCGGAGUGCUGACCAUCGCCCUUCCCGUGCCCGUCAUAGUGUCCAACUUCAACUACUUCUACCACCGCGAGACGGAGGGCGAGGAGCAGGCCCAGUACCUCCAGGUCACCAGCGUCCCCAAGAUCGACUCCACCGAGGACCUGAAGAAGAGCCGCAGCGGCUCCACCAUGAGCAAGUCCGAUUACAUGGAGAUCCAGGAGGCGGUGAACAACAGCAACGAGGACUUCCGGGAGGAGAACCUCAAGACGGCCAACUGCACACUGGCUAACACCAACUAUGUCAACAUCACCAAGAUGCUCACGGAUGUAUAACCAUUUUUGGAUGAUGACCUGCAUCGGGGGUGGGGAACUGGGAAGGGGGAGGAAAAAAAGGGAUUAGCCUCCCCCUAUUUUAGGAUGGUUUGCAGAACCUCCCCGCCCCCCUCUCCAAGGCAACGGAUACAUGAGGAGGAGAUCCGUAAAAGGUCCAAUGGGAGAGGAAGAUUAGCAGAGAGGGACCAUGCGCGCCUGAUCUGGACCCUCCCCACCCACUUUCCCCAUCCCCAUCCUGUCCUGUCCCACUUGCAGGGAAAUUCCACAUCCUCCUUUCGGUGUCUGCAUGGAGUUAGUCUUAUCUGUGUGACUGUGUAAUAGUUGAUGUCCUGCUUGCGACAGUAGCCAAACCGUAGCCAAUAGAAAAAUUAACAAAUAAUAAAAAUAAAAAAAACGUAGCAUCGAGGGAUUUCUGACUCCUGCUCCCUCCCCCCCCCCCCCCCUAUUUCUACUACCCUACUACCCUCAUUCCCCCAGCCCAACAACCCCCAUGGCCCCCACCACCUUAGCUGCCCUCUUCAGCACCCCAUGCUCAUCCUCCCAUUGCCAUCGCCAGAGGAACGGCAACGUUUCUGUUCCCCCCACAAAGAAUACCACCGUCAGGCUGCUUUGGCAUUUACCCGUGCAUUGCCAUGCACGCAAAAGUCGACAGCCAACAAGAUGGGAAAUAACACAAAGAUGCAUUUGAGGAGCACAACAGGGAGGAGAGGUAUCCUCACCUGGCCCGAUUUUUUUAUGAGCAGGUUCCCCCCUUACCCCCAUAGCGCUGAAGUUUGGGGCCUCGUCAGACACUGUCGACUGUUACGCGUCCCAUUUAACAUGAGGGGGCAGAGGGGGAUGGGUGGGGAGAGGGGAGUGACACACGGCCGCUCUCAACGGACUGGAAAAAAACAACAAAACAAAAAACAAAACAAAAAGAACUGGUCCUGUGGUUCUGCAGUGUUUUUUCUUCUGAUUUUCCGCCAUGUGUCUUUAAGAAUUUGUGUCUGAGGAGCAAACGGAUGCAAGCGAUACAAGCCUCUCCCUCUCUUCCUCCCUCUCUCCCCACACUGCGCCAGACUAGCCACAGAGCAGCAGCUUCAGAAAGGCAGGGUGGAUCUCUCUUAGCGCUUUAUUUAUUUAUUGUGUGUGUGUGUGCGUGUGUGUGUGUGUGGGUGGGUGUGUGUGUGGUCGGUCUCCAUCUGAAUGUGCAGUCUAGGCUUGCGUCGUACUCCCCUUGUUUAUGCUACCAAGGCUACCUUGAGUGCUCUCACCUCCCUGUCUUUCUCUGCAUUGUGUCAAAACACAGAUCCAGUGGAGUGGGUGGGUGGGUGUAGGGGGAGAAUUGUAGAAAUGAAAAGAAAAAGAUCCCAAGCUUGCUGUCGCUUGUUCCCCCCCCCCUCCAUCAUUUCUUCCCACUCUGCUCAUCACCGACCCCGCCGCCGCCGCCCCCACCCACACGCCCACCCAGUUUUUCUACAACUCGUCCAAUCAGCACUGUCUUCCUGUCGUCCACACUGCAUUUCAUAUUUAUAGGUACUAUAGUGCCGGAGUCGGUUGCCGUAGUGAUGCAGCAGUCGCACAGCCACGGUUGGUGGAGGGAGGGACUCGCUGCCGUUUUACUGUGACAGUGCGGCUUAAUGAAGCAGACGGCUAGCUCACUUUUUUCAGGUCACCAAAGAUUAAUCCACUGCCACCCGAUGUACAUUUCCAGCAUUCGGUCUAGGUUCCUCUAUUAAUCCAUUUUGGUCCAUUUUUUGUACCCAUUGAACAGUUUUUGGUUCCUUCUGUUCGUACUCAGACACAGAAGGUACCUUGGUAGAACCUGUAUAAAAUGAUGCUUCCUCUAAAACAGCUAUUCAAACAGAUAGGAGCUAUUCUACUAUUGUAGUGUUGCAUGUCCUAUAAACAUUCUUUGUAGCAUGCAUUUCAAUGUGGAUAAUACUUAAGAGAAAAACUAUUAAUAAUUAUUCAUAUCUACCAAUAUUGAUAUAUAUAUUUUUUAUUUAUUUAUGAGAUAUUAAUGCUAUGUGCAAUAUAUAAAAGUUAUUAGUGUCUUUUUUCAAAGUUGUGUGAGAUUUUUUUUGUUUUUGUGAGAUGUUUUUCUUUUGUAUUUUGAGUACUCAUGCUAGCAGGCCGGUUUCAGGGUUUGUCCAGAGGAAGGUUGUUCAUUUUCCCCGUAAGAUGGCGGGAGGUUGAGGUUGAAGUGCUGGAGAGUGGGCUAGGAGUGCGUGGAACUCGCGCCCGACUCAUCCAGAAUGAAAAGCACUACCAGCUGUUCCAAACGGCACCGUGAUGCAGAGGAGCCACACAGCUGUCUGCGAUCUCCACUUUCUCUGAUAAUUAUAGACGGGGUCACCUGACCCCUUAGAGUGCUGGGUGUUAAAUGGCCAUCGCUCUUGUCUUUUCUUUUCCUUCUUAGAGAACAACGGGGGAAGAAAUCCAAGCGAUGGUUCCCUAUGGCCGAGUCCCUCGAGGAUAAGAGGCCCAGUUAUGUUGAGUCGUGGUGUUAUUUAAGGAGCUGCAGAAUAUUUAAAAAUGAGCAGUGUUGUACGAGAGAGUACGUAUGGUCGCUGCACAAGGAAAGGAAAAAUGGCCAUGACCUAAAUGCUUCUGCGCCGGGCCGGUGAGCAUUAUGCAAGAGCAGAACGGGGGUGAAAGUUGUGCUGUAGAGCAUGUUUAUUUUUGUAUUUGCACCGCAGAGUUGUUGUUUGAUAUUCUAUCCAUCUGUAACGUAGUUACACCUUGCAAUACCUUGACCUAUGCAACACCCCCUCAACCCUGCUAAAUCAGUGUGGCACUGACUGAACAGAGCCUUCUGUAGCAUUAGAAAAAAACAGCCUUUUCCUGUUGAGUUCUGACCUAAUAGGACAGAUUCUGUCAAUUGGUUGUUCCUCUGGCCUCCAUUCAUGAAUUUCCUUGUUUUGCUGCUAUUGAAAACCUCCAAUCGCACUUUGCACAAACGAUACCUCCACUGUAGAACAAUUGUGUAUACAUCCCAAAGCCUCCCCUUCUCCAAACUCACUUGAAAUGAACCAUCAUGGAGGCCUCUGUCUUAAUGUGACUUCCAUUUAUGCCCCUGGUUCCUGAGGCAAUUGUGGCGUACGCACACGGUGUUUGGCAGUUGCUCUAAUGUGGCCUCUUGGCUGUGAGAAAGGCAAUGCUCUGGAACCUUUCCUGUUCUCCUGCCUGCCAAAACGCACUUACGCACUGUGCAAGCGCGUCUGUCCAAUCUGGCUCAAGGUGGAUGGAUGGGUGCUAGGCUAAUGGAGCCAGAGCAGGCGCAGGGCCGAUCAGAGUGAAAACCCGCCCAGGAAACCGCGCCGUUAAACGAGAGCGGCGGGAGAGUGCUGGGGCGGUGUAGCGGUGCGGGGCACUUGAAAAAUGGCAACCUUCUUGUGCGACUUGAGUUCAUUCCAAACAGCGUUACGAUUAGCUGACACUGCUUCUAGACGUAUCGAUGGGAGGGUUUAAGUACUUUUAUAGUGGGGGAAGCUGUCUGUCUGACCGAGGGGGGGGUGGGGGGUGGGGUGGGGCGGGGCGGAGCCUGCCACAGUCUAGUGUCUGAGAGGCUGCUGAGAGGGAGCCAGUAAGGUGGCCAGUUGUUUUUCCUGUGAAUUUGAUAAGCUGAGAAUACACACAGCAGCUAUUCCAUGCACCCCUCCCACCCUUAACGCCCAAACUAACACCCCAUCCCCCAUCCCCCAUGCCCCUCCCACCCUUAACGCCCAAACUAACACCCCAUCCCCCAUGCCCCCCCCCCCACCCCUUGCCAGCAACAUCGUGUCCAGCCUACCCAUUUCUGGAGGCCAUAGCUGGGUCUACAGCCUGUAGCCGUUAGGAGUGUGAGUGUGAGGGUUUCCAUGCGUGUGUGUGUGUGCGCCUGUGUGUGUGUGUGUGUGUGUUUGAGAUGUGUGUGUCAUGAGUGUGCCUGGGCAGCAGCUGGCUUCACCUCGACCCCCGAUGGAGCCCCAAGGACCAGCUCGAUCGGGGCUCUGACAUUGGAACGAUCAAAGAAAAUUACCCCCCCCACCCCAACGCCAAUGGACAAUUCUUUGGGAGCUUCAGUGACUGAACCUGUACCUACAGUACUGCUCAUUGGAUUUCUAUACACCCUUUUUUUUUGAGGACUGAAGGGCUCUCCUGGAUUUAUGUUGAGUCACAGCUACCGAACUGUACAGCCUGUGUGCAUAUUUACAUAACAUUCACACACACACACACACACACACACGUGAUGGACUGAAAAUGCAGAAAUAAACAUGCCAGUGUGUGUGUGCCCAUGUGCAGACAGACACGAGGCCACACCAAGCUAUGAUUAUUACAUUUCAGAGAAUACAGCUACUUUCAUCAGCGUCUUUAAUGCAAGGUUUAGCUCUAAAGUACCUUCAGCCAUGUACAGUGACUUCAGGGUAGCGGGAAGCAGUAAUUAUAUCUGAAUAACCCAAAACUAGCAAGAAGUAUCAUAGCAGUACUAUUAGGUUUUGCAUAAUUCAAGCACAAAAAAGAUUAAGAAAGCCCUUGUAGUCAAGAUUGUGGUGGACGCUUUUGCCUGCUAGUUUUCUUAAAAAAAAAAAAAAAAAAAGCAACAAACUUUGCCUAUAUGGUUAUUUAAUAGUUUCUUCUUUAACCAGAAGUGGGGCACAAACAUUCCAGUGAGUAAGACAGUGAGAGACUUUUACAUGUGAAACAACAUGUGUGUGGGGGGGGGGGGGGGCCUUUUACCAUGUCCCUCUCAAUCACUUUUGUCCUUGGCUCCCCUCCCCCAGCUGCAGAGGCGCUUCCAGAUUCGACAGCCGCCCCCUCCCUUCCCCCUGGGGGUGAGCCCGUCAGAUGCCAGCAAGGGGUAAAAGCCAAACUUUCGCUGAUCCGGAUGAAGCCUUGUCCGUGUGUGUGUGUGUGUGUGUGUGUGUGUGUGCGUGUGUGUGUGUGGCAUGGUCCAACAUUACAGCGCAUCCCAAUGAAAUGGAGUUUCAAUGCCAAACCCGUCUCUUUCAUCAAAGGUGGCCUGACUUCUAACUUGUGUAAAAAGCUAUUUUUUUCUAGAAUAAAUAAAUAAAUAAAAAACAAGGAAAAAAAAUCCUGGAAAACAAACAAAUAAAAACAAGGAGGAAAAAAUGAAAGACUAUAUGCUGUACGUAUGUAUGAACUUGGGAUGUAAACGUCUGUGAUGCACUUUAUAUGGCCUACAAGAGAAUCCACUGAAAGACAAUCUACAGAGAACACAAAUGGACUGAGAUUCUGAUGCAUAUAAUCCUUACAAAUUAUUAUAGCCGUCAUAAAAGUCAUAUCUAUAAUGAUGAUGAUGAUGAUGAAGAUGAUAAUAAGAACAAUGAUGAUAACCUAA